CUCCCACUCUCGUUCAUUCCACCCAUGCCGCCGGUCCGGCAGGCCAGCCAGGACCCAGACAGUCAGGCUCCGGACAGUGGAUCGUCCAGCACCCCUCAUGAAGCCUCACGCUUUACGUUUGUCGUGGGCGGCCACCAGGCCAGCACCCGGAGCCAUGCCAUGCGUGUCCACUGGAGCGAGCGACACCGUGUUCGUCGCGAAAAACGACAGCGAGAGGCCUCCCGACGGCUGUAUCCAACCCUAGCCGCGAGGGAGACCUUACCCAUUCGACAAUCCUCCCACAGCUCAUCCUCCGACAGCCAGGAGCCACCUCCCCCUGCCACCACUCCCAGGCGCCCACCAUCCACCCGCGAUCCAAGCAUCGCCGCCCAGCUACUCAUCGGAUUCAACCACGCCCUCAGCACGGUCCCUCUAGACCCUUUCGAUUCCUUCCCCAUCCGACUAACGAGCAAACACCACAAGCUCAUCCAUCACUGGCUAACCACCCACGCCACCAUGAUGUUCGAAACGAUCCCGGCUCCGAGUUUCAACCCUAUGCGCGAUGUCUGGUUCCCACUAGACCUGUCCAACCCGGCCUCGUUCAACGCGAUCAUGGCCCACUCGGCCGCCCACCUGGCCCAUUACUACGGCGCUACUACCCCCACCCAGGGGACGAAUUCCAUAGAAGCCCUACGAUUCAAAGCGGAUGCGGUGAAAAUCCUCAGCCAGUGGUUGAAUGAUCCGGACAAGGCACUCAGCAAUGAUGCGUUUGCUGCUGUGGUGCGGCUGCUUACCUUCGAAAGAUACUGGGGCACCGAAGCAGAAUGGAAAGUACACCGCAACGGACUCCAACGGAUGAUUCACGCCCGGGGCGGUCUGCACCAACUACAUAGUGACUGGCGACUUGAGCUAGUCGUUGGCUUGGUAUCCCUAAUGUCCAAACCAACCUGGUUCGAAUGUACCAACGACCUCUCCGAGAUCUCCGACCAGCGCCUCCCGACCCAAAGCAUCCUCGGCAGCUCCAUCGACCUCCACAAAAUCCGCUGUCUCUGGCUCAUCUCCUUCAUCCAAGACAUGCGCAACCUCAUGAGCAUGUGGUCCCGACUCUACCACUCCGGUCUGCACUUCUUCCCCUCCCUCUACGACGCGAUCCUUCUCAUCCGAGCCGAGUUCGAGUUCGAGUCCGAGUCCGAAGGGGAAUAUACCCGCGCUGCGUACCGCGCGUGCGACUACGAGCGUCUCACCUGUCUUUUUGCGAUCUGUAUCUUAGUGCAGGGCUCCGUGUCGCAGACGUAUUCGGGGCCGCAUAACGCACUAACGAUACUGGAUAUGGCGCUGGAGAUGGGCCGGUGGGAAUGGGAGGGGUCGGUGCGGGACUUGUACGGGUUUCUGAGGGGGCAUUUUGUUCAGGUGUAUCCCGGGGGGGAGAGGACGUUUGAGUAUGUGGUGAAGAUGACGGAUGUGGUGGGGCAUUUGAGUCUGGAGGCGCAUCAGGGCAUUGAGAAGUGUUUGUUGAAUAUGUUGGGACGGACGAGAGGGGGUGGAAUGUCGGGUUGGGGGGUGGAUGGGGGGACGCCGGAUGAGUUGCUGUCGAUGGUGCAUGGGUAUUAA